AAGAUUUUUCUUUAUGUGAAAAACACUAUAACCAACUUAUUGUAUCCGAUUUCUUACGACAAGUUCUUUUAAAUGCAAAUUAUUCGCAAUCGUCUAAUAAACAAAAUAAACAAAAGCGGCAAUUACAUGAUGAUUCUGAAAAUGAAUUGGUUGAAAAACAAGCUCGUAUGGAGCAUGCUUAUAAAAUAGGGGAAAAAAAUACUUGUGAAAUUGGCAUUCAAACUGAUAAGAUCGGUGUACAAAUUACUAAUGAGACCUGUGAAAUUGGCGUUCAAGUAUCUGAUAUUACGUCGCAUGCUCUUGAAA